UCUGAUUCUUUGCCUUUUCAUGAUUCCACCCACGUCCACGACCUCUUCCGGUCUUCCUUGAACAAAGCAUUUCUCUUCAUCACCUUGGGCGUCCCAGCUUUAAUCUUCUCCACAACCGCCCAUGUAUUCUCAGCAUGAGUCCAACCCGCAUUUUCUUCCACAACCACCAUAUCCACAGCAUGAUACCCAUCGCCCUCGUUUCCCCCCCCAGCCACGUCCAUCCAGACAUGACCAGCCGCAACCAGUUACUCCACCCAAAACCAGGCCUCAUGGUAAACACGGAGGCGAAAUGCCCCCACCGCACGAGCCAGAGCAGCAACAAGGGCAGGGCCAACAGCGGCCAUCUCCUCUUCCAGUUCCAGUGAGUACUACAGGCAAGACUAGACCUGUAGCCUGGAUAAUUGCUGCAUUUUGUACUCUGUUUUGGAUCACAGUCAUAGUGGCAGGUCUAGCAGUGCUGAUCAUCUAUCUAGUCUAUCGCCCAAGGCUUCCAAAAUUCGACAUCUCAACGGCAACUCUGAAUGCAGCCUAUCUUGACAUGGGGUAUCUUCUCAAUGCUGAUCUUACCAUACUAGCAAACUUCACCAAUCCAAACAAGAAAGUGAGUGUGGACUUCAGUUAUGCGAUAAUGGAUCUUUAUUAUGAAUCAAACUUACUAGCUACGAGAUAUGUUGAGCCCUUUACGGCACAUAGGGCUCAAUCCAUAUUUGAAGAUAUUCACAUGGUCACAAGUCAAGUUCGGCUUCCCAUUGCCCAAAGUCAAGAUCUGACGAGGCAAAUGAGCAGUGGAAGAGUGAAUUUUGUCGUGAAGGGUCUGUUCAGAGCAAGGUCUAAUUUGGGUCGAGUGCUGAGGUAUUCUUAUUGGCUGUACACCCAUUGCACUAUAACAGUAACUGGUCCUCCCUCGGGUGCAUUGAUAAGCAAAAAGUGCACAACAAAGCGGUAGAAGGAAACUUGACAAAGAGGUGAAAAUUGGUGAGCUGAAGAAUCUAUUUCGUGGGAGAGCCUAGUUUUAGAAACGGCUGAUCUGCUGUUUGUCAUUUUUCACUUUUCGCAUUUUCUUGGUCAUGUUCUGUGUUUCUUAGACUUUGAGACAACUUGGAUUUAUAUUAUUGUCAUCUAAUCCUUUGUUUGAGUAAGAUUCGAUACAAGUUGACAUCUUCUACUGGAACAGCAUGUCAGGAGGGGCUUCUUUCCAACUGCAGUGUCUGUAAUAACUCUAGCUAAUUAGAUCAGGCAUUCCAACAGGAGCAAAUGCUACUGAAAGAUGCCCAAUACAUCCGAUAGUUCGAUUUUCUAUGUAAGAUUUUCUUCUUUCCA